AUAUAUACUUUCCCGCAAUUUUGCGAUACAACUCAGUUACAUCGUUUCCCCUUGCGAAUAUCAAUAAUACGAAAUAUGUUCAUACGUAUAAAUUAUAUGUUAAAUAUACGUUAAAUAUGGAGAGAUAGCCAAUACUCAAAAUAGGUUAUUCUGAAUGUGUUAUCAUGCACAUAUUAUGUAAUUCAACUUUCUGUUUUUUACAUCGAAAAAUUAGUAUAAAAAGGUAUCAACAAAAAAGAUAGGUUUUAUUGUUGAUAUCAAAUGCACGUAUUAACACAUUGUCUAGGUAUUUUUGAAUUUUUGAAUUGCUCAUAUGCAUUUAGCAAACACCUGCAUGUGUCAUUAAAACAGGAAAUGUCAAGAACUUUGUUCUCAUUUUAUAGACCAUUGAAAUCUUAUCUGCAGGUGUAUAAUACUUUAAACUGUAAAAUUGGUAAUAAACUAAGGUUUUUUACAUAUUUUUUAAGUCCCAUAAAUACUAAACAAUAUACAACAGUGUCUACUAGUCCAUCAGUACAUGUGAAAAUGAGUACUAUCAAGUUAUUGGAUUAUGAUUGUAUUGGCUUUGAUUUAGAUAAUACACUUCUGUCUUACAAUGUGACCAAUAUGGUGCAUUUGAUAUAUGAAACAUUGGCUGAUUAUUUGAUAAAGGAAAAAAGUUAUGAUUCAAAGUAUUUAUUACAAUCAUUGGAAAACAAAGAUCUGGACUUUAUGCAGAAAGGAUUGUUCCUAGAUUUUGAAAAAGGAAAUUUACUUAGGAUCAGUUCUAAUGGUAUAAUUCAAAGAGUAUGUCAUGGAACUAACUUAUUAAGCACUAAACAAAUUAAAGAAAUAUAUCCUGAACAAAGAUGGGAGGCUACAGAUGCUUUCUGUAAUGAUAUGCUAUCUACAUGGAAUGGUCCUAUAUCAAUGAUAAUGAGAAGUUUAUUAGAUUAUUUUGAUAUUUCCACAUCUCUAAUAUUUGCAAGAUUAAUAGAUACUCUUGAUGAAAAAUAUGAAAGACCUCUAAAUGCAUACAAUGUUUGGCCUGAUAUGUUAGAUGGAUUAAUUGAAAUGUUUAACAAAGAUCAUUUUAAGUUAGACAAAGGAAAUUUUUUUCCUAGCUUAAAAAAGAAUCCUCACAAUUACAUACAUAAAUGUAAUGAAAGAACUAUAUGUUGGCUUCAAGAAUUAAAGAAACAUUGUAAAACUUUUCUCAUUACUGGAUCAAAUGUUGAUUUUGUUGAUUUUACUGCUACUUAUGCUUUUGGAAAAGAUUGGAAAUCUCUAUUUGAUAUUGUUAUUUGUUAUGCAAAAAAGCCUGGCUUUUUUACUGAACAACGUCCAUUUUAUGAAACUAUAAAUUAUGAAGAGGGUGCAAUGAUAGAAAGUAAAGAUUUGAAACAGGGUAGGAUAUAUAAUGAGGGUAACUGGAAAGGUCUCGUUGAAUUUCUAAAACGUGAAUCUAAUAAGAAAAACCCUCAAUGUUUGUAUAUUGGUGAUAAUCUUAUACAAGAUAUUUAUGUACCUAAUGCAUAUGUACAAUGUGAUACAAUAGCUGUUAUUGAAGAACAAAUGUCUGAAGGAAUGGUUUAUCAGGGAUUAUCACAUCCAGAUGAAAAAGUGUUAAACUCCACAUUUUGGGGUUCUUACUUCUGCUUGAAAGAUUCUAGGGUUAAUAUGGACUCUUUAUGGGGUUAUGUUAUAAAAAAAUACUCAAAACUUUGUAUACCAACAGUAGAUGUAAUAGCUCAAGAGCCAUUAGAAAAAUCUUAUGUAUGUUUUAAUGAAAAUGAGAAAAAAUAUGAUGGAUAUUAUCCUGCUGUACCUCUCAGUCUAUCAACUUUCUAAAGUUUUAUUAAUAUAAACUUCUCUUUUCAUUAACUACAGAAAAAGCUUCAUAAUUUUAUGUUAGCUUACAUAUAAAAGUGUAUUUUUAUAAUAUUUAUAAACGUAUUCUUAAUUUAAGAUACGUAUAAUACCAGCUAUCAAGGAACAGUUGCAACAUUUAUUAAAGCCCAAAAGACCAUUUAUACAUACUGAACGUACAUUUAAAAC